UAAUUUCAUAUUAAUUGUUUUGGUUAAUGUUUUUGGAUCUUAUCAGAUUCAAUUUACAUGCUUGAUCGGUCCUAUUUAAGAAAACAUCUCAAUAUUACAUGAACUCAAACUUUGAUAAUGAUACAGUUGUAUAGCUUUCAAGAUUUUCUACAUAAAUCUAUAUAAGUUUCGGUUUGAUAUCACUCGACUGUAUUGAUCUUGAUCUUGUUCUACAACUGCUUCAUCUCAAGUACUCAAGAAGAUGAACAGAGUCAUUCAGCUGGAUCAUAUAUUAAUCCAUUUAUUUGAAAACUGUUAGCAUUUUCUCUAAUUCAGUAAAGAUAAGAUUUAGUCAAACAAUCGGGGCCGUUGAACGCCGGCGACGGAGGAACAAGGGUGGUUUGGGAGUUGGGUUUGGUAAAGGAGAAAGUUCAGAAAGUAGGGUCGUUGUCGUGUAGAGAUGCCUACCCAAUAAUUCAAUGCCGACAAUUAAGUUUUUUCUUCUAGAAUUGUUUUUUAAAAAAUUUAUUCCUAAAAACUGAAGUGGGUCCCGACGUACUAUCCAGCUGAGCUUGUGGGAUCUACGACCAUUUAGGUUCAGAUCAAAGCAGAGAAUAUGACGAUAAAACAGACCAUGCCGUUGCUGCUGAUGAUAAUUCUUCUGCUAUUCCAAACUUCAAUGGCCGAUCCACGUGCGAAGAUGGUGAGCAUCACGUGCGGGACACAAUUGGAGCACAACAGCACCCUAUUCGUUCCAAACUUCGUGGCCGUAAUGGAGAACAUCAGUGAACAGAUGCGAACUGAGGGAUAUGGAAGCGCCGUGGUGGGGACAGGGCCCGACGCCAACUUCGGGCUGGCCCAAUGCUACGGCGACCUCUCGCUUCUCGACUGCGUCUUGUGCUACGCCGAGGCUCGUUCGGUUCUUCCCCAGUGCUUCCCUUUCAACAGUGGUCGAAUCUACCUCGAUGGUUGCUUCAUGAGAGCCGAAAACUACAGCUUUUUCAACGAGUACAAGGGACCCGAAGACAAAACCGUUUGCGGGAACAAGACCCAGAAGGGAUCGGGGUUCGGUGUUUCGGUUAGGCAGGCGUUGCGCAUGGUGGUUUCCGGGGCUCCGACGAAUAAAGGGUAUGCAAAGGCUCAAGUGGGUGCGGCGAAUGAGUCGGCUUAUGUGAUGGCCGAUUGUUGGAGGAACUUGGACCAGAGCUCUUGCAGAGCUUGUUUGGAAAACGCUUCGGAGACCAUAACGGGAUGCUUGCCUUGGUCGGAGGGUCGGGCUUUGAACACUGGUUGCUUUAUGAGAUACGACGAUAAAGAUUUUCUCAACAAAGAAGCUGGCAGUGGGACUUCAAGUGGAACGAGAGUAGUGAUCAUAGUUUCGGUUGUGAGUUCGGUUGUCGUUUUGGCGGUUGCAUUGGCUGUUGGACAUCAUAUAUGGAAGAAUAGAUACAUACAAAAGAAACGAAGAGGUUCAAACGAGGCAAACAAGUUAGUGAAAACCUUGAAUGAUAGUAGCUUGAAUUUCAAGUAUUCUACAUUGGAGAAGGCUACUGAAUCAUUUGACGACAAUAACAAGCUUGGACAAGGAGGAUUUGGAUCAGUUUAUAAGGGAGUUUUACCUGAUGGAAGAGAGAUUGCUGUAAAGAGGCUUUUCUUUAACAACAGACAUAGAGCAGGAGAUUUCUACAAUGAAGUCAACAUAAUAAGCACUGUGGAGCACAAGAACCUGGUCAGGUUAUUGGGUUGCAGUUGUUCUGGCCCUGAAAGCCUUCUUGUGUACGAGUUUUUGCCUAACAAGAGUCUCGAUGGUUUCAUCUUCGAUCAAACUAGAGGCAAAGGACUGAACUGGGAGAAGAGAUAUGAGAUCAUUGUUGGCACUGCAGAGGGUUUAGUUUAUCUUCAUGAGAACUCCAACAUUAGGAUCAUUCACAGGGACAUCAAAUCCAGCAAUAUCCUCUUGGACUCAAGGCUUCGUGCUAAGAUUGCUGAUUUCGGGCUGGCCAGGUCUUUCCAAGAAGACAAGAGCCACAUCAGUACAGCCAUUGCAGGAACAUUAGGAUAUAUGGCUCCGGAGUACCUAGCUCAUGGCCAAUUAACAGAAAAAGUGGACGUUUAUAGCUUUGGGGUGCUUGUGUUGGAAAUUGUUACUGGUAGACAGAAUAACAGGAGCAAAAGUGCAGAGUACUCGGACAGCCUAGUCACACUUACAUGGAAGUAUUUCCAAUCUGGGAGAGUUGAAGAACUUUACGAUCCCAACCUGAUGUUACAUAACUAUAGAGACAAUCAGGCAAUGAAGAACCAAAUAUCUAGAGUGGUUCAUGUUGGACUUCUGUGCACCCAAGAGAGUAGCUCCUUGAGACCAACAAUGUCAAAGGCACUGCUGAUGCUAACCAAGAAGGAGGAGCAACUUCCUCCUCCCACCAGCCCACCUUUCAUUGAUGAAAAGACAAUGGAACUCAAUGACACAUGCGAGGACCCUUCUUAUCCUCUCAAUGGAGAUGAUGAUGGUUCUAUUGCUAAUCUUACUCAUAGUUCUUUCUAUCCGAGAUGAUGGCAAGUGGUCAAAGAGAGGAAUCUUUUCUCCGGUGAGUCCUGAUUCCCAGGAUUUCAAUCUGUUCUCACUUCAGCCAAGUGAAGGCAAUCUGCAGCCAUCUUUUGAUGGGAAUUAUUUUGAAAAUGAAGUGCGAAAGGGCUAUUAUAGAUUUGUAAAUAGUGUAAUGAUAUGUCACAUGUGCACAAACAUUUUGUGCACAUACAUAUGAGCGGAGCUGAACCCAAUUUCAUGUUUUUGAAUGAUCUGAGGAAGUAGAUGGACUGUGAGAGUGCAAUUUGUAAAGAUUUUGGGGUUACUCCAUUACAAUUGUAUUAUCUAGUGAGUUCACAAACAAUAAAAACUUCCAAAUUUUCGACAA